GUGGUCACAUCUCGUCAGAGCCAGGCUGCGUUAAAGCGCGAUGGUGACAGAGUUUCAGGGCGAGUGGACGCUGCUUCUUCCCCACCUGAUGAUGAUGAUGAUGAUGAUGAUGAUGAUGAUGAUGAUGAUGAUGGAUUUAAUGACUGAGAAACGACGUGCGCUGAAUUCCCGGAAUGUCUUGGGUAUCUGAGAAGACAGAGGGGUGGAUAGGGGUUUGCAUGCUGAGUUACAUGGUGGUGAUCUAUCCACGCAAGUUUCUUUUCCAGCAGCCUCUGCUUCUCUUUCAUCCGUGUGUUUUGAGUGUAAAUCACUAUUGGAAAGCAACAGGAAGACGUAAAGACUAGGAUGCUCUAGCAGCAAUGUCCCAGCUGUACUACAGAAAGACGGGCAACUCCUCUUACAGGGACCGCAUCCCUCUGCGGAUUGUGCGGGCCGAGUCGGAGCUCUCUGCCCUGGAGAGGUCCUACUUGAGUGCUGUUGAGAAGGGAGACUAUGCCAGUGUGAAGCAAGCCCUGGAGGAGGCAGAGAUCUACUUCAGGAUCAACAUCAACUGCAUCGACCCCCUGGGCCGGACCGCCUUGCUCAUUGCCAUUGAGAAUGAGAACCUGGAGAUCAUUGAGCUGCUCCUCAGCUACAAUGUGUACGUCGGGGAUGCUCUGCUGCAUGCCAUCCGCAAAGAAGUGGUGGGAGCCGUGGAACUGCUGCUCAACCACAAGAAGCCCAGUGGAGAAAAGCAGGUCCCGCCGAUUCUGCUGGACAAACAGUUCUCAGACUUCACCCCUGACAUCACUCCAAUCAUCCUCGCAGCCCACACCAACAACUACGAGAUCAUCAAGCUGCUCGUGCAGCGAGGUGUUUCGAUACCUCAGCCUCACGCCGUGCGCUGCAACUGCAUGGAGUGUCUGUCUGGUUCGGACGUGGACAGCCUGCGUCACUCGCGCUCUCGCCUCAACAUCUACAAGGCCUUAGCCAGCCCUUCUCUCAUCGCCCUGUCCAGCGAGGAUCCCUUCCUCACUGCCUUUCGCCUCAGCUGGGAGCUGCAGGAGCUCAGCACGGUGGAGAAUGAGUUCAAGUCAGAGUACGAGGAGCUGUCUCAAAUGUGUAAGCAAUUCGCGAAGGACCUCUUGGACCAGACCCGAAGCUCUAGAGAGCUGGAAAUAAUCCUCAACUACCGUGAUGACGUCAACCCUCUGCUGGAUGAGAACUCCAAUGAUCUGGCUCGACUGAAGCUGGCCAUCAAAUAUCGGCAGAAAGAGUUUGUCGCUCAGCCCAAUUGUCAGCAGCUGCUGGCGUCUCGGUGGUACGAUGAGUUCCCAGGCUGGAGGAGGCGUCACUGGGCAGGGAAGUUCAUCACUUGUAUCCUCAUUGGCUUGUUCUUCCCAGUGUUCUCCAUUUUCUACUUGAUCUCCCCAAAAAGCCGCUUCGGCUUAUUCAUCCGCAAGCCCUUCAUUAAGUUCAUCUGCCACACAGCUUCCUACCUGACCUUCCUCUUCCUGCUCCUGCUGGCCUCACAGCACAUAGCCCUGACAGACCCCAACUGCCAGGGCCCGGUGCCCACCAUUGUGGAGUGGAUGAUCCUGCCCUGGGUCAUUGGUUUUAUAUGGACCGAGAUCAAGCAGAUGUGGGAUGGUGGUUUCCAGGAGUACAUUCAUGACUGGUGGAACCUAAUGGACUUCAUCAUGAACUCCUUGUACCUUGCCACCAUUUCUCUGAAGAUUGUUGCUUAUGCAAAGUACAGUGGCUGCAAACCCAGAGUGAAAUGGGAAAUGUGGCACCCGACUUUGGUGGCAGAGGCGCUCUUUGCCAUCGCCAACAUCUUCAGCUCCUUGCGUCUCAUCUGCCUUUUCACUGCCAACUCACAUCUUGGCCCCUUGCAGAUCUCGCUGGGACGUAUGCUGCUGGACAUCCUCAAGUUCCUCUUCAUCUACUGCCUGGUGCUAUUGGCCUUUGCCAACGGCCUCAAUCAGCUCUACUUCUACUACGAAACAAAUGAGGAAAAAGAUUGCAAGGGUAUCCGGUGUGAACGGCAAAACAACGCCUUCUCAACGCUAUUUGAGACGCUGCAGUCUUUAUUUUGGUCUGUGUUUGGCCUCAUUAGUCUGUAUGUGACUAAUGUGAACGCAAACCAUGAAUUCACUGAGUUUGUAGGAGCUACUAUGUUUGGCACUUACAACAUCAUCUCCCUGGUAGUUCUUCUGAACAUGCUAAUUGCCAUGAUGAACAACUCCUACCAGCACAUUGCCGACCAUGCAGAUAUAGAGUGGAAAUUUGCAAGAACAAAACUAUGGAUGAGCUAUUUUGAAGAAGGUGGGACUCUGCCAUCUCCACUCAACAUCAUCCCCAGUCCAAAGUCAGUUGUGUAUCUGUUUGGAUGGAUAAAGAGGCAUAUGUUGAAGAGACCAGGUGUAAAAAAGAUUGAAACAUUUGGAACCUUGGGGGUACGUGCAGCUGAAAAUGUACGGUCAAGCCAUCAAUAUCAGGAGGUUUUGAGGAAUUUGGUCAAGAGAUAUGUAGCCGCAAUGAUUAGAGAUGCCAAAACAGAAGAAGGGCUGACAGAGGAGAAUUUUAAGGAGCUUAAGCAAGAUAUCUCUAGCUUCCGCUAUGAAGUCCUGGGAAUGAUGAAGGGUAAAGCUCCUGGCGGGCUAACACCUUGCUCUAGCUUGGUUUACCCUGACCACUCAUUCAAAUAUUCUCCCAGAUCUCCCUCUGCUCAGUCACAAAAAAUGAUGGACCUGCUCAUGGCACCGACCCCUGUGCAGCAGCAGGCCAAAGCUGCUAGCGCCACCGGAUCUGAGGUCUCCAGCAGGCUAGCCAACGGCUCCAUAGUGCCAGUCCAUACAGACAAACAAAUCCACCAGGAUGUCUCAGAUGCUGGGCUCCUCCUGACACCGAGCAGAUCCUCCUCACAGAAACCUGAUGAAAUAUGUUCUGUGCCAGAUGAGGACACGGUGGACUCGGACAGACAAAUCCAGAAGCAACCGAAAGUGAAGAGGGUGAUGGUGGAGGUGGUGCUGGAAGAGGCAGAGGACGAGGACAAUCAAGAGAAUAAACAUUCUCUACAGAAGGAGUCUGCUGGGGAAGAGAAUAACGAGUUAGAAAAAGGAAAAAACUGA